CAAAGCUUCUAAGCAUGCUGAGCUUCCUGCGGCAUGGCCCUCCAGUGAGCCUGUGCAUGGGACUCGCCUGUACCCUCUCUCUCUGGAAUACAGUGUCUGGUCUUAAAGGAGAAGGCAAGAAAGAUAAAGUAAUGGGUCACUUACCCGCAACAGUGCCUGGAAACAAAGGCCUCAAACAGGAGAAAUCUGGAUCCUUCCCUCAUGCAGCAGAGUCUUUCUUCAGAGAAGAAAAGAUGGUAAAGGGCAUAGAGGUUCUUGCUACAACAGAACUCCCAGCAAGGUCAGUUGACCUGUCUGCACUCAAUCUGACUGAACUUGUGAAUGGAAUGCUCAGUAGAGCUUUAAAAGCAGACAGCAAGCAAUUCUUCUCCGUGCUUAGCAUCACUUCUUAUAGUUCAUUUGCCUUCCACAAGGUUUCCUUGGCCAUCUACAACAUUUCCAACCCAAAAAAAGUUGACCCGGCCAAAUUCCCUACCAGGUAUUGCUACUGUUUGAACAAUAGGACCAAUGACUUAUCAGAUUUCACAGCGUUGCUGGUGGACAUUGUUGGGAAUUCUACCAGCUAUCUCACUGAGAUUUUUAAGUCAACCUCCAUCCUCUCUGUGAGUCAGACCAAUGAAUCUGACUGUGUCUUCAUCUGUGUGAUGGCAGGGAAGUCAGGAAGGAAUCUUUCUGACUUCUGGCAGAUGGUAGAGAAAUCUCCUGUUAUCAACUACACAUUCACCAGUGGUGUGUCUAGUGCUUUGGGUGCAACUACCAGGGGAACAGCCCAGACUUUAAGACUUGAGACCCAAAGCCAGCAGUCACUUCUAAGAUCGUAUCCUGCACGCUGGAGCACACAAUGGGUAUCUGCUCCGAAGACCUUCACUUGGUCAAAGACAAGUAUUCCUUCAGAGAAAGAGGUGACAGAAAACAAAGAGAUGUUUCCAGAGCUUCCUUUUGGGGCCAUAGCCACACAGAGUAGUGCCACUGACACACAGCCAAACUCAGGAAAAAUGACCAGAACACCAUGGGUGACAAGCAGACACACAUGGGCUCCCAUAGUAUCCAUGUCUACGUCACAGACCAUGGACGAUAGUACACCUGGAAGGCCACCCUGGCCAAGCCUUCCCUCCACACCAGCCUCCGCUACAGAUGCCCAGAUGCUCAGGAGCACAGAAAGCCCAUUGCAUCCUUCUAUGAUACUGGCCACACCCAGCAGACUAGCACAGACCAGCAUAGCCUCAGGAACACUCACGCCUGGAACACAGACUCCAAUUCCAACCAAAGCACCAGCUCCUAGAGACCCGCAGACAGAUGGUGUUCCUGCAGAAUGGCUGUUCACCCCUGAGUUAGAGCCAGCCCUGGUCCCACCAGCCCAUCAAGUUUCAAGGUGUCCUCGGCCACUCCUCAAAGAAGAAACCAUUGCAGACACUCCUCUACCCCUGGUCAUGAAGAAACUCAACCCAUGCCUGAUGGAACUCUGCCGCUACUUCCAGAAAUGCCUCUGUGCAAGCCAAAAGAGGGAUUACAGUUUAGAAGCCACAAGGUAUUGUCUGGAAUUCUAUUCUUGGUUUCUGAAGAAUGCUACACUGAUCUGUCAGAGAGUGAAGAGGGUAUCCCACUCUCGCACCUUGAAGCAAAAAUGCCUUGAGAAUGUCUGCAAGUUUGUGUGAACAGCAAACAGUGACUUCUACCACCAAACCUUCACUUUGGUUUUGUUCCAGCUUGGCUGUAUUUUCAGAAUCCAGGCGUGCCCAGCCAAGUUAUCUGUAGAAGGGAAGGGAUUUUCUUUCCUGUCAAUCUGUGUAAUGCACUGAAGGCAGAAGUUUCAUAGUCAGUGGAAUAACACCAGGUUUCUCUGCCUGCUUCAGAGGAAUGGAAAACUGUGAACUGGGUUUAAAACCCUACCAUUAUGCCAGAAGCAAUUCUGAUACCAGAGAACUGGGGUAAAGGGUUCAUAUUAGUGUGCACAUAGCAAUCCAGCAUAGAGAAAUACUGGAGGUGACUCAAACUUGGUACUUUGAGAUGACAGCAGGAGGAUACAUUGAAAAGGCCUGACUCUGCACUCCAGAGAGCUCUCACUAUGGUGCUGUACAACUGGUAAACACUUGGCUGCAUACAGCUUGCAGUGCCACAGCAUCAAGAUCCUCUUCCAAGUUCCUAAGGAGGAGGCGAUGGAAACAUUUCUUGGGAGCAUGGAGAUGUGGAGAUCUUAAUUUUCCCUUUAUCUUGACUUCCCUUCUGCAUGUCUCACUGUGUUCCAGUUUUCUUCUAGAAUACUGCUGGACUCAGCCAUUUAGUAGUCAGACUUCAGAGUUCAGCAAAACUGAUUUAUUCAUACUGUGUAUCAUAGGAAAAUGAGAAGCUUCCAGGAGAGCUCAGGCAUGACCUACUUGUUCUCUUCACCAUUUGGUUUCUCAUACAAUCAUUACACAUCACUCUCCAGCAAUAAU